AUGAUGAGCGUCAGAUGGCCCUCGUUCGGUCUUCCAUUGGCCCUUGUUACAAUAUCCGUUCUGGUGGCCGUCGGGUCAUGUGCUCCGAGUGCGGUUGAAAAGGCAGCUGAGCCGUCGACAGAUAGCUUGGACAAGCGCGGUGGAGCCCGGGCCUUCCGUGGAAUGGAUGCGUUCUUCCCCUCGGCGAAACGGCUUUCCGGUGGAUCGCCGUAUUUCUUCCUCGACAAACGAGCUGGUGGGCGCGCCUUCCAUUCUGGCGGACGAGGCUCGUGGGGUGGAGGCCUCGGAGGCUUCAGGUUAGAACGACGAGGCGGCGGGCGUGCUUUUGCAGGCGAUUGGAGCGGUGAUGCGAUGGCCAGGUACUAUGACUCGCCGUACCUCUACAAACGCUCCCUGGACGCGUACAACUACCUGCCCUAUGAAGGCUAUUAC